AUGACCGACUUUGAACAACCUGCUCGUGGACAUGUUGUCGCGUUUGCAUUGCCAUUUUGGAGCCAUGUUAAACCGUUGUGUGCAUUGAUUGCGAGAACUGUCCGUCUUCAUUGCGUAGCUGCGACAUUCUUCACGGAAGCGUCUAUUCUCGACAAAGUUGUGGAUGAGUUCACACGGCAAUUCAUCACGGAGAAUGACAAGAACAUGCGAGAGCUCAUAAGGGUUGUUUCGUUACCAGCUCUCCCGGCCCCUUUCAAGUUCGACCCUUAUGUAUCUGCAUUUAUCGAUGCAUACAAGGCACUGUGCGAGGGUCGGCCAGUGCAGACGUCUUUUGGGAAUGGCUUUGUCCGUGCUGUGCGAUCACCGCAGCUCGUGGUAAUUGAUUUCUUCUGUUAUGACGCUUUAUGCGGCGUUCGGUCCAUUAGCGGCUCAGCUGUACCAAUAUUUACAUGGCAAACGGGAGCUGUUUCGGCUCUUCUAUUCAUGUUUGGACCUGAAGAAAUGGGAGGAAGCGGUGAUCCGGCAGAAAAGUUCAGUAAAAUUUGUGCGGAAGACCGAGAGGACCAAGAGAAUGAGAUCAUGACUAUAUAUCGAAGGUUGAAAGGUCAGCUUAUUGAUCUCCCUGGCAUUCCUCCUAUGUACGACCAUGAAUUUAUUCCGCAGAUGACGGCACUUCCUGCUAAACCGGUAAAUGUGCCUCUCAUGUUCCAAUACGCACAUAGGUUCCUCCGUGAAUCCGAUGGCGUCAUCAACAACAGCAGCCGAAUCUAUGAAAGGGAUGCGAUCAAUAAAGUUCAAGAAUGGUUCGGCACCCGGCCUGUUUUGGCCGUUGGUCCUCUUUCACCACCUACAACGUCGAUAGAGAUCGAGCUUGAAAAGUCCAAGUCCCCUAUCACAAGUGACGUGGAAAACUUUCUCGACUGUGCCCUAAAUAAAUAUGGCCCGAAUUCUGUUGUAUAUAUAUCGUUGGGCACGGUAUGGUGGCCAGCCGAACCAGAGAAAAUAUGGGCCAUUAUAGAUGUUCUCAUCGAACAGGAAAUCCCAUUCCUUUUCAGUUACGCGGCUCCUAUGGCGAGGAUUCCGGAGUUCGUUUCCACGAAGAUUCGGACUUCCGAAUUAGGAUUGGAAGCAUCGUGGCUGCCACAGCAGACAAUAUUCCAUCACAAGGCUUGCGGUUGGUUCAUAUCACAUUGCGGUCAAAACUCUAUUAUGGAGGCACUCAGCGCGGGCGUUCCUCUCAUAUGUUGGCCAUUUGAUGUAGACCAGCCUAUAAAUGCUGCAAACAUCUCUGUCGUACAUGAGGUCGGAUAUGAACUGUUUGAAGUACGUACGGGGUAUGGGCUGCGACCGCUCCAUCGGCUUGGAAAUCGAACUCCAGAUGGCACCAUCGAAGCCGUUCGACGUGAGGUGACUGAAGUAUUCUCCAAAGCUCGUGGUGAGGAUGGACAUAAGAAAAGGAAGAAAGCACAGUGGUUCAGUCAGAAGCUUGCGGAAGGCUGGGAGCACGGUGGAUUGGCAUGGCUCGAUUUGAAUAAACUGAGUAGUAUAUUUGUGUAG